AUGGUGGACUGGCUCAGUCUCGCCGUUCCCCUCGCCUACCUAGGCAUCCUGAUAGGCUCUCUAGCUACAUUCUCAUCUCUCUACCGCAAGCGCAAGUACCAAAAGGCAGCUACUCUUGAACCAUGGUUCCCUGCACACCUCCAACGCGAUAUCUACUUCUCGCUCCUCCACCUUGACCCCUCCGCACAAAAAGAAAAGACCCCCGCUGUCCCCGAGUCUGUCGUUAAGGCUGCUCUCCUCCGUCGCGCGAAGGAGGAUAUUCGUCGUGUCCUCGCCCUCCGUAGCCAGAAGCAGGCUCUGUCUGUGCUGCUCCAACGCGGAAGUGUCGGUGAUGACCUUUGGCAGCGCUUCUUGCGCGCCGAGAAGGAGAUGGAGGAGGAGGUAAAGGAUGUUGUUGCUGAAGCAAAUGCUUACGUGCCGAAUUGGGGCCAAACUAUCUUCCAGUCUGCCAACGAGAUGAUGAAUAAUGACAUUUACCGUCAGCGUGUGAGUGAGCAGCAGGAGAAGCUUGCUGAGGAGAAGGAGUGGUGGAGUAAGAAGAAGGCUACUACUCAGGAGCAAUUUAUGAAGGAGUUGAACGAGGGCUCGGAGGCGGCUUCGCCCUCUGUGCAAUCGCCUGCCCCUAAGUCUCCGGAGCCUGCUUCGGAGCCAAUUUCGGAGUCUGUUCCUGCUGCUCCUGCGGCUGCUGUGCAGCCAAGUGAUGAUGAAGCGGUGCUGGUUGAGGCAGAGCCGUCGAUUAGUGGCACUCCGUCUGGUGGAAAAAAGAAGAAGGGGAAGGGUAAGAAAUAG